AUGGAGCGAUUGAAAGAACUGGAGGAGAAGAGAAGACAAUUGAAAGAGCUGCGCGAGAGGCGCAAACAGGCCAGCUUGCUUCCUGGGAACGAGGCAAUGCCGAACCUCGGUAGCCGUCAGCUCAUAGGGGUGCAAGCAGCGGUAACCAUGGUGAAUGUUGCAGUCCAAACUGAGAUGGAAGAGGAUUCGAGGGUCCCGGAACCUGAACCCGCAUAUCGCCGGCACAAAGAAGUUAUAACAUACGACAAAAGUAUUCAAACAGACCAGAUCGAAGAAGAUCUACAUCGAGAAAAUGACAGCGCCAAGGCCUCCAAUGCGGUCCUUGCUGCUGCUGCUGCUGCACGCGCCGAGGAGGACAAUAGCAAGGACGAAGAUGCGCAGCCAAGGCUGGAACUGGCCAAGCCUGUUCUCAUUGAAGACGUGGCGGCAACGCUAAAUGACGCUAGUUUUGCGCGACUGGAGGCGCUUGCUCCUGCACCAGGCGAGCGGGCGUCAGCGAGUAUGCAACAAGACGGAGAUGGUUCGAUGCUAUGGGCCAUGGUCAGCGAGAACGUACAAUCAGAGAGCGACUGUGAGCGCAUUGCGCAGGAGUAUGACCGGGGAAAGGGAAUCUUGGUAGUAGUAUAUGUGCGAUUGCCGCCAGCAGGCCGGCAGUAUGCCAGCGAUGAGGCGGCGUGGUCUGUAGUGAACGUAGUGAAGUGUGAGAGCGCCAACGGGCGCAACGGCCAGCUGGUGGACGUGAUGGAGUUCCGCGGUACGCGGAUAAUGAAUGCCACAAUCCUCCGGCGUGGCCACCACGAGAGUCAGGUUGUGUCCAUCUUGCUGACUACCUUCACGGGCAAGAUCAUACUGUACGAGCUCCAGUUGAAGCAGAAGAAGCAAGAAGCAAAACCGGCAGUGUACAUCGUGGAGCGCAACAUGAUUGCAAGACACUACUUUCAACACCCCAUAGUUGCUGUUCUUGAGACCAGCAGCGUGCACGGGCAGGAGAAAAUGCUUGUGGCGGCGAGCGACGGCAGUAUCGCGGAGCUGAGCUGCCUGGACCUGGCGGUUGUGCGGAAGCCGCAGCAGUUGCGGCCCGUGCCGCUAUCGCAGCUCUUAUCACUAGAUGACGAUGUUUCUACAUACAUAGAGCGGUUGAAGCUGCUAGCAAAGUUCGAAGAAGUGGGCGUGGCCAGCGUGGCAUAUACACGUGAGGAUCCGCAGCAUAUUUGGGUCGGCGGCGAGGAUGGCGGCAUCUACAAGGUUUUCUGGGACCAGUCUGGGCCGCUGUACUUGGUAUUGGACAAUAACAGGUUCCAAACCGGGGAAACCCACUCUGCAAGAGUCACGGGACUGGAGUUCUACCAAGAUGGAGCUCAGCGGCUAGUGCUGCUAUUGUCGUGUUCGACGGACUGGACCGUGCGGCUGUGGGACGCGCGAGCGGGGAAAGCCAUUAUUAACGCGCCGCUGGCGUUGGGGGCGCCUAUACUUCGUGCGCGCUGGCUCGACGACGACGAAGAGGAUAGUCGCGCCCUACGGUGCCAAGUGUGGUGUGCAGAUGGACGUCACGUUGUCGUGGGAUGGGUGUUCGAUCCCGAAACGUCUCUUUACACGGCGGCGGUUAUCUCCUAA